UUCACAAUAAUAAUGCUAAAUAACGUCAGUGUUGGAGUUGUAUGUACAGAAGAUAACACCACGGUAACGUUGUUUCUGAAAAUUAAAAAUGGUGUACUGUAUUUUGGUGGACAUGCGUAUCAAUCGAAUGAUUCUCUAACUGUCAAUCUUAAUGCCUAUGAAACAUUUUAUUUUUCAAAUACACAUGACCUCAGUGGUACUCUUAUUACAUCGACAAAACCAGUGGCGGUUGUUUCUGGUGGCGAUAUAAGCAUUAACAAAUCUUCCCAAUAUACGGACUAUACAACGGAAAUGAUUCUACCCAGUGAACAACUUGGGAAAAAUUUUGUUGUUCCAUUGUUAUAUGAUUCAUUUUGUCUCUACAGAGUACUAGCCGAUGACGAUACUACUGUAACCAUUCAGAACUCAACAAGUAGAAGUACUAAAAGUCUUGUCAAAGGCGAGUUUCUGGAAAUUUCAAAUUUUACUGCAUCAACCGUUGAAUCUUCCACGGGUGUUCUUGUACAGUUAUACUGUGCUAAACUACACACCACUUGUAAUUAUGCCAUGACCACAGUGCCAAGUAUUCAACAUUUUAAAACUGGUUAUCGAUUUGCCGUUGUUUCGAAUUAUCCUCUUGACAGGUUUCCGCCAGAUAAUUUUUAUAUCACAAUUAUAAUCACAGCAGACGACAAACAUGAUCUGAAUUUAGACGGCAAGAAAGGAAUUGUGUUUAAUGAAAAAUCAAAAAUUAAAUUGGUUGGAAAGAAAUACUCUAUCCUUUCACAUGAACUAAGUGUAGGAAUUCAUGAAAUAGAGCAUGUCGGUAGAGUUCCAUUCGGACUUAUCGUUUAUGGACGAAAUCCAUUAGAUGGAUAUGCUUACCCUGCAGGACUUAAAUUGAAUUCACAAUAA